UCCUUCCUUUUGAAGUUUGAAUCUCGAAUUCGGAGUCCAAAAUUAUUUUAGAUAUGCAAACCUGAUUAGACUAGACUAAGAAGGAAGGCGUGAUUAUUAGUUCCCUCGGUGGCCUCAAGAGUUGCCAACUUUUGAGGUUUACCUGGGAUUAAGGGUUAGUAAUUUAAUUCUGAUUUCUGAGUAUCAUGGGGGUUAGUACACCUUUAGUAGCAGUGGCCUUACUGGCCUUUCCAAAAAUCCCACAUCGAUCAUUGGGGGGGUUUGGGGUUAGAUUAUUAGUUUCUUGGGUGGCCUCAAGAGUUGCCGGCUUUUGAGAUUUACCCGGAAUUAAGGGUUAGUGAUUUAAUUCUGAUUUCUUAUGUUGAAAGAAAAAGAAAGUAUGGGGAGGUUUUUGAGUGUCAUGGGGGGUUAGUACACCUUUAGUAGCAGUGGGCCAGUGGCCUUACUGGCCUUUCCAAAAAUCCCACAUCGAUCAUUGGAGGGGGUUUGGGGUUAGAUUAUUUAGUUUUCUGAGUGGCCUUAAGAGUUGCCGAUUUUUUAGGUUUAUCUGAAAUUAAGGGUUAGUGAUUUAAUUCUGAGGAAGACGUGCCUGACACUUUUUGGUGGCGACCGCGGUUUCGCUCAGUGGUUUUUGACGUCUACAUCGAGAGAUGAAUAAAGUAGCGCAUGGUACAAUUAAGUCAGUUCACGGACGGGGAUGGUGACAAACACGCGCGCACACACAGUUGGAGUCUGGGGACGAAGCCAGGGCAGGUCAAGAAGUCUUCGAGAUGGGUCCGUUGCCGUCAUACCCUCUGUUUCUAGUCAUCCAUGCCAACUUCCCGCCCAUCCGGCCGCCCAACCCGCCCCACAGCCCGUUCCAUCACCACCGCACCUAAAACCGACAUUUUUUGAUUCGGGAUGCAUCGGGAUUCGGGACCUCCUUAAAUGGACGAAUAAUCGUCCCCCCACGUGGCACGUGAACCCCAGCUCUCCCCUUCCUUCCCUGCGCUCCAACUCCUUUUUCUUUUGGCCUUUUCCCCAGUGCUAUAAAUAUAAAAGAAUUAAAUCAUAAUUCUAUGUGUCACCAGAUUCUUGAAUUUAGCCUUCUUAUUCGCUUCACCAAAAACUUUUCAGCCGUCCCACAACAAAACCCCAAAUCUUUUCAAGCAGCAGUGAAAUCUUUUCUCCUGCCAAGCUCAACUUACCUACGACAGACGUAUAUACUACGACUACUAGCCUGCUACGAAUUGUUUUUCCCUGGUCCUCACAAUUAUACUACUUUAUAUUUGCGUGCUGUGCAUAUAUGCGGGGAACGUCCAUAUUGAUUCCUGGGACAUUCCUUCUUCCCAUUGUUCCUAUAUAUAUUCUGAAGUCUCAUUUUUUUCUGCUAGACUGGCAGAGAAAGGAGUACAGAUAGUUUUGUAUACUGGUUAGGGUCGGGCAAAAGAUUGAGCGGAAAAACGAUGCCGGAGAAGAUGAAUAUAUUGGUGACGGGAGGGGCAGGGUAUAUAGGAAGCCAUACAGUUCUUCAAUUGCUGUUGGGAGGGUACAAGACUGUUGUGGUUGAUAAUUUGGACAAUUCUUCCGAUGUUGCCCUCAAGAGGGUCCGAGAACUCGCCGGUGAACAUGGCUCCAACCUCACCUUUCAUAAGAUGGAUCUUCGUGACAAGGUUGCACUUGAAAAUCUUUUUGCUUCUGAAAAGUUUGAUGCAGUAAUCCAUUUUGCUGGACUGAAAGCAGUAGGUGAAAGUGUGCAAAAACCGUUGAUGUACUAUAACAACAAUCUUGUCGGUACAAUUACCCUACUAGAAGUCAUGGCUGCUCAUGGAUGUAAAAAGCUUGUGUUUUCAUCAUCGGCUACUGUUUAUGGUUGGCCAAAGGAGGUCCCUUGCACUGAGGAAUUUCCCUUAUGUGCUGUCAAUCCAUAUGGACGAACCAAGCUUUUUAUUGAAGAAAUCUGUCGUGAUGUGUAUGGUUCAGACUCUGAAUGGAAAAUCAUAUUGCUGCGGUACUUCAAUCCAGUUGGUGCACAUCCUAGUGGUUAUAUUGGUGAAGAUCCACGUGGAAUUCCAAACAAUCUCAUGCCUUUUGUGCAACAAGUAGCUGUUGGUAGGAGACCUGCUCUGACAGUUUUUGGAACUGAUUACUCAACGAAGGAUGGUACUGGGGUGCGUGACUACAUCCAUGUUGUGGACUUAGCAGAUGGUCAUAUAGCAGCAGUUAAUAAGCUGUCUGAUCCUUCUAUAGGGUGCGAAGUGUUCAACUUGGGAACUGGGAAAGGAACUUCUGUCUUGGAAAUGGUAGCAGCAUUUGAGAAGGCAUCAAGAAAGAAAAUUCCACUGGUGAAAGCUGGUCGCCGGGCGGGUGAUGCAGAGAUUGUAUAUGGAUCCACAGAUAAAGCAGAACAUGAAUUGAACUGGAAGGCAAAAUAUGGCAUAGAGGAGAUGUGCCGAGACCAGUGGAACUGGGCUAGCAAGAAUCCUUAUGGCUACGGACCACCUGAUUCUACCGAUUGAUUGGAUUCUGACAUUACACCCUAGAGUCACCAUUUGAAGAGCUGUUUGCUACAGAGUCCAAAUGCGUGUCGGUAGGAGUUUGUAGAGCUGUCCGUUUUUUUCUGGUUUUCUUUCUUUUUGAGUCCUUUGUAGGUUGGGUAGGCAGAUGAGGUAGGAUUGCAGUUUAACAAUAAUAAUGAUACCAGGGAUGUCACAUGCAUGUAAUUCUAACAUGGCUCACUGCUGCUGAAUAUAUGAUGAACCUUAUCUUUUACAAACAAAUGUUCAAUAAAAGGUGAUCAGAUGAGAUGAUCCGAGUAGUUUCUUUGUGACA